GACAUUUUGUUGUAUUCUGAUUGUGAGGAAAUAUCCUUUUUACUUGUACGAAUAUCUUGUUCUGAAGUAGCUAAAAUACCUUAUAAAUAAACUUAAGACCUCAUUGGUAAGUGACAGUAAACUCUACAGUUUAUUUCGUGUUUGUGUUUGUGUUUUACACACAACGUAGUUGAACACAACAGUAAAACAUCCGACAAUGGAACGAAGUGUAAAAAUGACUAAUGCAAAAAGCUACAAUUAUUAUGUAAUCAAACUGGACUCUCCGGAUAAAUUUAAAGUAAAGAUCAAAUGUGUACCAAAGGAAUGGAUACGGGAAUAUCUAAAGGAUGACUACGUGAUUUUUCGCUAUCCAGAUUUUAAGGAUUUAUAUAUGGAAAUUGAUUUAAAUUUGAUAGCACAGAGAGAGCCCCCAAAAAAACAUUGGCCAUCAUUAACUGGUCAUAUUCUAUUUAAAUGUGCUACAUUUCACACUGCGUUUGACUUCAUGGAAGAAUUUGAGGAUACUGAUGAUGAAUCAAAUGAUGAAUGCGAACAACUUAAAUAUGAUGAUGAUGAAACUGAAGAUAAUAUCAGUAUUGAAAAAGAAGAGAUAGAAAACAGCCAAAAAGCAACAAGAAAACGCGGACGGCGUGAAGAAAAUGAUGAGCAAUCAUCAAAGGAAAACAACAAGCCAAAAGUUAGACGCUUGUCAAAUAAGCUGAACAAAACAAUUGAAGAAAUGGAUGAACAAAAUAUAUUAAUAGUUUCUAAUAACCAAAAUCCGCUAAAAAUGACUUUAUCUUUGACAAAAAAUAGCAAAAAUAAAAAUUCAAAAACUUGUCAUAAUGAGUUGACUAGGAAAGAAAAUCCCCGUGAAUUGCUUACACCAAGUGAUACAGCCACAUCGGAGGAAAAUGCUAAUGCUGCAGAAGAUGGUAACACUGAACUUCACCAACAUUCGAAGUUGUCAGAAAAAGUAUCUAGAGGUAAGGAAUCUGUAGAAACAGCUGAGGAAGUUGCACAGGCCGAGACUGAAACCGCCAACAAGGAUUCAAGCGUUGAACAAAUUUUAAAUAUUAAAAAUGGUAAGCAAAACUACAAUGUGAAUGAUAUUAAGCAUGUCUACAACACAAUUAUGGAAAGUAAAAUAAAAUUGAAAAAUGUUUAUAAUGAAAUAAGAACAAAUUUGAGAAAUGCAUUUACAUCUGUUGGUUUGGAGGUGCCAGAAUUUUGUGACCAUUUAAUAAAACCUAUGUUAAAUACCAAUUAAGGGUAAUGUAUGUUAAAAUAAUCUCAUUGUGUGUGGUGUUUAUAAUUUGUUUUUAUACACACCCACAUUAUAGGAGAAUCAGUAAGAGUCUGACACUCCCUCUUGCCUCAUCCAAGGGGGGACGAGUCAUCGGAUGACUUUAUUCCCUUAGAAAAAAAUCACAGUAGAAUAUUCUAGCAUAGGGCAAUGUUUAAAAGUUAAGUAAAGUUAUUUCUAGUUUUCACCUUAAUAUCUAAUAUACUUAACUAUAAUGUAGAUGUAACAAAACAUCUAUAUUUUUUUUACCAAAGUAAUUGAUCUUGAUAAAUUUUUUUUAUUAUUAAUUAUUAGGGUUCUACAUAAAAUAUCUGAUCUGCUGGUUUUUCAAAAGCUGAUUAAUUUUGCUAGUCAAUUACCCUUUAAAAUCGAGUAACGAAACCAUAGCGCGAUCUAAAACGAUCCCAACGCCAUCUAUCGAGCAAGCGGUAAAACUUUUUAACAAAACAUUAAUUCGAUUUCUAAUUUACACAUUGGUCACAAACAAUUAUUUUUAUUACUUUUUUUAAUACUAUUUGACAUAGUAGUUUAAAAAAAAUGUACACGGGUGUUUUUA